CCGCCUUCUCUCGGGCCUCCUCCUUCUCCACCCGCCUCUGUGCCCCCGUUCGCCCCUUCCACCUCCGAUUCAAUCCUUCCAAAUCCAAAUCAAAUUCCGCCCUCAGCGUCUCUACUCUCGAAGUCAGUGUUAGUUAAAUUUUGUUCCUUCCUGCUCAGGCUGGCUUGAAAAGACCGGUGAUGGAAAACAAGAAGCGCCGGCUGAUGAGCGACAAUGAAGAUCAACACCAUUACAAAAGGGUAGCUAGGCCAAGUUUGGAUGGUAGCACCUCCGUAGCGACACCGGGCAGCGCGAGUGUAUCCAGUCCCGGCGCCCUGAGUGAACUCAGCGAUCAAGUAGUUUCAAGAUUGCGUAGAAGUGUUGUGUCGCUUGCUUCCUUCGAUGGUGAUACCAGGUUACGUGAAUGCACAGGCAUAUGCAUUGAAACCUCAUGUUCUGAUUCUGAAGCUACAAUCCUGACAGCGGCACGGUUGAUUCCGCAUACUUGGCGAGCUGCAAGCUUGACGAUUAAAGUGCGCCUUCCAAAUGAUCGGAUUGUCACUGGACGGAUAGAGGACAGGAAUAUAGAUGCUGAUUUUUUCAUUGUCAACAUCAAGAACUUGUCUGGAGUUGAUGCCGCAAGUCUUGAUCAUGGCAUGCAGUUUGAGCCUCAUACGAAGGUAGCAGCUGUAUGGCGCUGUUUCAGUUCAGGAAUUUUAAUGGCUACAAGCGGACUAAAUCUUGCCCCUCCAAGCCCUCUAACCGCUGAGACAAUCCUAAGCACGUGCCGGAUCCGCAAGGCGGGGAUUGGAGGCCCCCUUGUUGAUUUUAAUGGGAACUUUGUUGGGAUGAACUCUCAUACCAAAAUGGAAAAGACUACCUACUUGCGAAGGGAACGAAUUCUUCGAUCCUUGGCGCGUCACGAGUUGGCCAGUGUUAGAGUUAAGGAAGGGGUUGAUGAUGCUACAAGGGCAAGAAUGAACAGUGAGAUGAAAGCAAUUAGGCCAAGUUUGAGUGCUAAGUCCGUAGCGAGAUUGAGUAAAUCCAGAAAAUGCGCCUUGAGUAAGGAAGUACUUUCCAGAUUAAGCAUGAGUGUUGUGGCACUGGCCUCAUUCGAUGGUAAUACCAAGUUACGCGAAUGCACAGGAAUAUGCAUUGAGAGCUCAUGUUCUGAUGCUACAUAUUUACUAACAUCGAUAAAUUUGAUUCCCUAUACUUGGCCUAGAAGGACGAUCACUGAAAGAUUGAGGAUUGAAGUACGCCUUCCGAAUAAUAAGACUGUCAGUGGGUGGAUAGAGGAUCCUGAGAGAUAUAUUGACUUUUUCAUCGUCAAAAUCAACAACGUUUCUGCCGCCCAUCUCAGCCAUCUAAGUCUUGAUCGUGUCAUGCAGUUUGAGCCUUAUAGGAAGGUAGCAGCUAUAUGGCGCUACUUCGAUUCAGGAAAAUUAAAGACCACAGGCGGAGUAGAUCUUGCCUCUGUAUGUGCUCAUACCGAUGAGAAAAUGCUAAGCACAUGCCAAAUCCACGAGCAAGCUGCAUUUUCACUUGUUGAGGAAGAUGUUGAGGAUUCUGUAAGAGAAAGAAUUAAAAGUCGUUAUGGAGAAUCAUGUUUCCUCAUGCCAGGACGCGGGCAAUACAUUAAUCGUCUCGAUGCUACAUUCAAGAAGGAUAUCCUGAGGAAACCAUUCAAAUGUGCUGGUUUAGAAAUGGAUCGAAGUGCCUACUCACUUGCUUCAGAAUCAAGCAAAUGUCUCGCUUCAGAAAUGAAUCAAAGUGUUGUCUCACUUGCUUCAUUCAAUGGAUUUGCAAAAAAGUUUUCUUGCACAGGUAUAUUUAUAAAGGAGAAAGCAUGCUCUGCAAUAAUUCUGACUUCAGCAAGUUUGGUUAGAGUUCCUGGCAGUGCACACAUGAUUGAUGAUAACUUGAGGAUUGAAGUUUGCCUUCCAGAUGGAUUUCGAGUCGUAGGGAUAUUGAAGUGUUAUAAUUUACACUACAAUGUUGCUCUUGUUGAGAUCAUGGGAUUCUGGCGUCCUCGGACAAUAAAAAUCAGUGGCGAUCCAGUUACCUCGUCCAUGGACGUAAUAUCUGUGGGUAGUCUUUUUGCGCAUCGCAGACUAAUGGCUGUCGAGGGCAAGGUGCUGAUUGGCAAACAAAGCGAACUUGAUUGCCAAGAACUCUGCGUCUCCACCUGUAAAAUCACCAAGGCUGGAAUUGGGGGGCCUCUUAUUGACACUGAUGGAAAUUUUGUUGGAAUUAACUUUUAUGAUGAGGAAGAAACCCCGUUCUUGCCGAGGGAUGUUAUUCGCCGCCUCUUAAAUAAAAAAUGGAGUAGCGCAGAUGAUAGUAUUGUUGAGGGUGUUGAAAAUAGAUGGUUGUUGCCUGGCUGGACACACAGAAAUGCUGAUACUAUUGCAGCGGUUGACGGAAACAAAUGGCCGUUGCCUGAGCCACGUCGUCUCUUUUGUGAUGAGCUCGUGCCCGACCGUUGGCAUCUUCGCAAACGGCAUUUACCUCAUCCCAGGCGGCAUUGCUGUUAAUUAGACCUUUGCCUGAGCCAUGUCACGUUGGUAGAGUCGACGAUCACUGCUAGUAUUUCUGAUGUUUUCUUGUUGGUUGGUGAUGUGAUCACCAUUCUUAGCCGUUUGAGUACUAGUAUUUAUUAAUGUUGCUUUCUCUGUGAAGUACCUUUUAAAAAAAAUCCUGCUAGUACCUA